CAUAUAAUAAAAUGUUUAUAGUAUCAAGUGUAUACUGAAAAUGGCAGUAGCUUGCAAUCUGAUCAAAUAACAACGAUUCCCUACUCAGCAAUUUAUCAUUGCUAAUAUAAAUUGCAACUUACGUGCUUUUAGUUUUCACCGACCUAACCCUAACCCUAACCGUCUCUCUCUCUCUCUCUCUCUCUCUGCGCCCGCGCCUCCAUUUCAAUGGCUACUACUAGUAGCAACGAUGAAGCCAAGCAGAACAUCUUCAACGAACUCGAAACCAUAACCGAUGAAUUUGACCAUCCCUUCACUCCAGACCAGAUUGAAACUAUUGCCAAGUUUAUCUGCGUUGACUAUGAUGAUCGACGUCUAAGAAUUCAAGGUGAUAUCGUGUCAAAAUAUUUUGACAAAACUCCUCAAUUCUUAGCAUUUGGAUAUCUUGACCAAAUGCUUGAGAAACUAAGCCAACAUACUCCUCUUGAUAUGGUGGAAAAGCAUGUUGAAAUCUUUUCGUUCUUGAUUCAAGAACUCAAAGGUUAUUUUGUUGGAGCAGUGUGGUUGCAUAAACUGGAAUCUUUGGUACGUGAGAAUGAAACAUAUGUUAGAGAACUUGAAGAGACGCAGAAACAACUGAAGGAAAUUUUCAAUGAGCGUCUUGAAUCGAUAAGGGAGGAAAGAGAACAGCUUCUUGGGGAUUUGCAAGUAAGGAAGGUACAAUUGUAUUGUUCUGAAGAGAAUAUAUCUGAUCAAGCUUUUGCAGAGUAUCUCCAAAACUCUGAGAUGAUUAAAGGUGUAUUCGAGAAGGAGAUGAGGAAAGUCCAGGAUACUAUCGAGGAGAUUAUGUCGGAUGUGAAACCUGCUCUAACUUUUAAAGCCAAGUCGAAACUAUUGUCUCUUGAGUUUGAUAUAUUUUCUCCCACCAUUAUUCGGGAGAAAUAUACAAGGUCAUCAUCAGCUUAUGACAAGACUGGCUGGUUAGAAGGCACAAGUAGUGGAAGCCAAGCAAGGUUCACCUUAUGAGAAGUCUGGCUGGUUAGAAGGCAUGUGUAAUGGAAGCAUGGAAAGGCAGAAAAAGUGGAAUUAGUAGAAUUAGUUUGAAUGCUAGAUAGUCAGUACACAAUAUUCUUGGACUUUCAUGAUUGUUUUUUGUUCAAUGGUCAUUCUCACGGUGUUCAUACUUUGAUAAGUUUCUUUUGGAUAGUGAACAUGUUUUGGUUUAUUUUUAGGUAUCAAUACUGAAGUGGUUUUUUAUUCUCUGUAGCACCUUAUUACUUUGGUGGUUCUUUGGAAUUUUUAAUUCAUUGUUACUGUUUGUGGCUUAUAGUUUGUGUUAACACCUUUUAACAAACUUUUCAUCAACAAUUCUAUGGUUUGUGGAUAUAAUAAAGUAUUCAUUUUGAGAUUGUUCA